UGCCACGUAGAGGAACAGCUGCACGUUUUCAUGCUGCAGCAAGAAACUUUUUAGCUCUUUAUUCAACAGGCUGUUUCUUCUGAAAGCUGACUGUGUCAGCAUGCUGCUGGUUGUGCUGAGCUGGCUCUGCUCCUUCAUGCUGGUGUCCGUCAGCAGCGGGGGGAAGCUGCCCGAAGCUGAAGUGACGAUAGAAGUUCUGCACAGACCUUUCCUCUGUCACCGAAAGUCCAAGUAUGGAGACAUUCUGCUGGUGCAUCAUGAAGGAUACUUUGAGAAUGGCACCAUGUUUUUCUCCAGUCGAGUCAGCGGUGACAAGCAGCCAAUCUGGUUCACUCUGGGCAUCAGAGAAGCAAUCAAAGGCUGGGAUAAAGGCCUGCAAAACAUGUGCUCAGGAGAGAAGAGAAAACUGGUCAUACCUCCAGAACUGGCAUAUGGGAAGGAAGGAAAAGGUAAGAUUCCACCUGAAAGCACGCUUACCUUUAUCAUCGAGGUGCUACAGAUCAGAAAUGGACCUAGGUCACAUGAAUCCUUUCAGGAAAUGGACCUCAACGAUGACUGGAAGCUCUCCAAGCAUGAGGUGAAAGAGUAUCUAAGGAAGGAGUUUGAGCGUCACGGCUACCCUCCCAACGACACUCUACACGAGAACAUGGCGGAGGAUAUCUUUGCCAAAGAGGAUGAGAACAAGGACGGUUUUAUAUCCUCUAGAGAGUUCACUUACAAACACGAUGAACUGUGAAGUCCCAUGAAGCGCUCGUUUGUGUUUCGUGGUGGAAAUCCUUGUCAGAGACUCUUUGAGGUUAUUUUUGUCUGUUUCAGUUUUACAGAAGCUUUAAGUCUGUGUUGCGUGACGCUGUGUGUGGUUAAGUUUUGUUGCAGAUUGUUUUUUUAAUUUUGUGAUUUGUUUAUGAAAAUCCUUUUUGGGACCACUAUUAGCUAGAUUUUCACAAGUCAAAAUAUCUGUGUGAAAACUGUCGUGAAAUAUCAGGUUAAUUUUUUUUCCUCUUUUUUAUAAAUAUAAAUACAUUUUGGGCAAACUUGGGAAGACUGAAUUAAUGUUGUGACACAAUGAGGAAUAACUCAAAACCACGCAGGAGAACUUUACCUGUUGUUUUAAUGGGGAUUUUGAGAUGACACACACAUGUUUACAGCCCUGUUUGUGCAGCUUUGGGAUUGUUUGAAUGGAUCAAGAGGCUUAACUCAAAAAAGGACCACUGUUUAAGGCAGAUACAUUUAUUAGUUGUUGUUUUUUUAAGUAAAGUAUCUGUGUAAACUUUUUAGUUGCUUUGGUUUAUUUGUUGGUGACAGAUCAAACCAACAGGUGGCGCUGUCCUCCCAUGUGUUAGUGUUGGUUAAUACAUGAGGGGCAAGAAAAUGGUACACCUGGUUACCCAAUUGCCGCCACCAAGGCAAGAGCUGAGACUGAGGUAUGUUUGCUUGUCUUUAGCAACGUAGUCAUAGCUACUGUAGUCACAAAAACUGCCUGCUUGAAUGCAAAUUUUACAACUACAAGUGCACAGAGAUGAUGCUUAACAUAUUACAAACUAUGUCAAGAGUCGUGUUAGCGAUAAUUAAUGGAAGACCCUGUUCUUCUAGCCUGUGUGUGUAGAGUCUGAAUGGAGCUUAUGAGCACAAGCAGGGCGAGUGCUUCUCCUCUCACGCACACAAAACAUUCUGUACUUGAAAAGGUCAGAGGUCACAUAGUCAGAAUAAGACGGGUCCUUGUUUUGAUGCUUUGAAAAUGCACAACCACACACACACGCACACACACAAAUGCACCAAAUACAACAACACACACACACAAAGCCUCUAUCCAUGCAAGUCCAUGGCAGUAAUGUCAGUUUAACUGUGAGGACUCGUAAGAAGGAGAAGGUAUACUGAGAUUUGUCCUUUUUUUGUUGCGUGUCACAGUGCUGAGAUCAUGACUCAUCGAAGGUGUGUCCUGAUCCCUGGUGGUUUGGGGUUUACUGUAAAAGAACAAGGAGGAAGAAAAACAGAGCUCAGCAGAUGAGACUACAGUGCUGAGAAAAGAAAAGCUGAGGAGUAGUAACUUUAGUAGUAGCUACCACUGUUUUCUUUGCUGGGGUAGAUCCGUGGGAAAGGCUUGAAUUCAUCGGGUGGGGGUAAGUCUUCUACAGGGUGGAACUGGAACUUUGAUUCAAAGUC